CGUGAUAGUGACUGGGUAAGGGUGUUACUGUAGGCCAAUGCUCUUUCACUUUUCUCGUGAAGGGAAUUUUGCCAGCAAUGCAAAAGGUGUAGAUUUGAAGUAACCUUGUAGAAACGACUCAUUUCCUGUCCCGUAGUAAUAUGCCCGUAUGAAUAGCUUAUUGCAGAGAAGGAUUGAAAUAUAUGCGGCUCAUGAUCAAGGGUUGCCACAUUCUGUUGUCAGUAUUGAUUGGACAUAACUAAAGAAUAUGCCACCGCCAUUGCCAGCAGGAGAUGCGGUCGUCAAAUCUAAUUCAUUAGCGUCUAGGACCUCACGGCUGUCUAGUAAUUCAAAACUAUCCCCUACUUUAUCGAGAUUACGAAAGUUUGGACCCACCCGAAACAGCCAAGAUACCGCUCAGACAAGUACUAGUCCUCCCAGUUCAAGUCAGUUUUUGUCGCCGUCAAGGGGAAGUUUGCUUACGGAAAGGCUGAAGGAGAUUCAAGAAGGUACAUCCCGGUAUUCUAGUAGGCGUAAUUCACCAUCUCAAUCUCGUCGAGCCAGUUUACGGAAACAAUACAGUUUGGACGAAGAUCGCGGAUCUAGUUUAUUGAAUAGACGAUUAUCUAGAAUACAUGCUUCUUCACCAACUUUUCAAAGAUCAGACUCUGGUUCUUUCGACGAAAAUGAAAAAUCUCCACUCCAAUCACCCGGCAAAAGAUCAUGGAGAGAGAGGUGGAAGCAAAGACGACUUCGUAUUAAUAAAGAUAAUAAUUCUAGCGACGAAGGAUUGCAUCUCGAUCCCACUGGUUCUCCUAUUGCUUCGUAUCCAGAAUCUCGUCUUCUUUCGGAUCUAGAACAAUCUAACAUUGCUUCUUCAACAAACGAAUCCACUUUGAAACCGGAAUGGAAUAGUGCUACACGUUCUCGGACGCUUGGCAAAAACUCGAUACCCAAAUGCGCAUCAGAUUCCGUGAUAACAUGUCCGCUGAAUCGAAGUGCGGCAUUUAUGAAUCACAUUCAAAAACCCGGUUGGACAGGAUUGAUUUGCCAGAUACCCGUAAGCGUAUAUUCGACUCGGUUCGGCUUUGAAAUUUACGUGGACUACGAUGAAACUGAAAUCUUACGCACUGUGAAAGAGCAACUUACGAGGAGCUUUGACGUCGAAAAUGGAAUUGCACCCGGCAGAGUACCAAUGGACUCUCAGUCCUCACCAGGAUCAGGCCUCAUUCUUCAUCCAGCUACUCAAGCUCAUAGUCAACGACGGGAAUCAUUUCUCUAUAGAUCAGAUGCUGAAUUCGAUCAACAGUCGCCUAAAGUGGCAUCUAGGGCUUCUUCUAUUGUCAGCGAUACACAUGGCGGGGAAGACCUCAUCGUCACUCCAUUUGCACAGGUUCUUGCCAGUCUACGCCGAAUUCGAAAUGAUUUCAUGAUGCUUACUUCCGCAAAUCCUACAAACUCAAGACGAUCUCCGGUAGGACAAACACCUCGCGUCAGCAGUCCUACUUUCACCGCUAGUGGGCAGCAAACACCCACUCCAGCCUUUGUAUACGGUACCGAAGAAUUCAAAAAACAAUCAUUGGAAACUUUAGAAGAAUUAGAUUGGUGUCUCGAUCAACUAGAAACAGUGCAAACACAUCGUUCUGUCAGUGAUAUGGCGUCGAACAAGUUCAAGAGAAUGCUGAACCGCGAGUUGAAUCAUCUUUCCGAAAGUAGCAAAUCAGGAAAUCAAGUCUCUGAAUUUAUAUCAGCUACAUACUUGGAUCACCAAGAUGACAUGAUGACAACUGACCCAGAAGAGGAACCAAGACCAGCGUCUCCGAAUUACGCAGCAAUUAAGCAAAAUCACAAACCCAGCACAAAAUAUCAACUCAACCCCAAUUGCAAAGUUAUGGGAAUGGUCUCAGGUAUAAACAAAAAAGCAAACAAACAUCGUGAAAAUAUUCUCAAGUUCAAAACAAUACCGACAUUUGGUGUUGUCGUCAACAACGAAAGCGCGCUCGCAAAGGAACUCGAUGGUGUGGACGUUUGGGGUGGCAUCAACCUUUUUAAAGUUUCUGAAAUGACAAACGGACGACCUCUAUCUGCUACUUUAUACAAUAUUUUGCAGAAACGCGACAUGUUGAACAAAUAUAAAAUUUCUCCGCAAAAAUGUUUAGCCUACGUAAUGACACUCGAAGACCAUUAUCGUAAAGUUCCAUUCCACAACAAUAUUCACGCUGCCGACGUUUUGCAGUCUGUGCACGUUCUAUUGUCGUCUGCUGCCCUCGACAGCGUCUUUACUGAAAUCGAAAUCCUGGCGGCACUGUUUGCAGGCGCUAUGCAUGACGUUGACCAUCCCGGUCUCAAUAAUCAAUUUCAUUGUGCUACAAGAAGCGAACUGGCAAUCAUGUAUAACGACGAAUCGGUUUUGGAAAAUCAUCAUUUGGCUGUUGGUUUCAAACUCAUGCAGCAAAAAGAUUGCGACUUAUUCGAAAACUUGACUAGAAAACAAUGGCAGAGUUUUAGAAAGACUGUUAUUGACAUGGUACUCGCAACCGACAUGUCAAAACACAUGCAACUAUUGGCUAAUUUGAAGACAAUGGUGGAAACGAAGAAAGUAGCUACAUCCGGUGUACUCAUGCUUGAUAACUACACCGACCGAAUCCAAGUAUUGCAAAAUAUGAUUCAUUGCGCCGAUUUGAGCAAUCCUACCAAACCACUAGAACUAUACAGAGGAUGGACAGACCGAGUUAUGAACGAAUAUUGGCUUCAAGGAGACGUGGAAAGAGAUCGUGGACUCGAAAUCAGUCCCAUGUGUGACAGACACACUGCUUCCGUGGAGCGCUCUCAGGUCAUUUUCAUCGACUACAUUGCUUACCCACUUUGGGAAACGUGGGCGGAUUUGGUUAAUCCAAAUGCUCAGGAAAUUGUCGAUCAAUUGGUUUCGAACAGAGAAUGGUAUAGCCAGCAAAUGCCUGGAAGUCCCUCUCCAGUUCCCGAAGACGGCGCUGAAAGUGCGGACAUAUCUGACGACAGUCACACCGCUGAAGCAAGUCAAGAUGAAAGUUCUUGCUGCGAUUCUGGGACAACUCAACCUCAGUCCAAUAAUUCUCCGGCUGCAAAGUUUCAAUUUCAACUUUCAAUGGACGACGACAAGUCUUCGACAAAAUCUGACCAAUCACAAAGCAGUGGCAGGAUACCUUGUAUAACUACAGAAGAUGCUGAUGGGGACAAAUCUGCUGUAAAACGAGAGAGCUCUCCGUGAUGAGGCUGCUCUCUUCAAAAUGGACGACAUUAUCUGUCACCUAAAUGAUCUAAAACAGGCUCUGUUGGAGUCAAUGGGUGCCUUGCGAGCUAGGUGCUCAAUGCGGAGGCCAGUAGACUCUGAAGUAUGAAGGAGCCGAAAGGCAAGUGGACUGUAAACGGUACCAUGAAAACUUAGUACUGCGCUCUCAGCAUUACGCAAAAACGGAGUGCUUUACAGCACGGUUGCCUUUGAGACGAUACAAAUUUAAAACAUUACCGCAAGACUUCAAGACCGUUUGUCAACUGACAUUAUUGUUAUUAAUAUUAUCAUCAUUAUUUUUACCAUCGCAAUAGCCUUGACAGAAUUUUGUCAUCGAAUCAUGAUUGGCCGUGUGUUGAUCUAAUGUACCACCUAAUGUGGUCCGAUGAUAGACAUCCUUCUGGCCAUUGAGACAAGUUACUGCUGUCGCACUGUAUACUAUUAUAUUAUUAUACUAUACGAUUUACUAUUAUUAGACUAGAUAAAAGGAGUGAGACUAUUUCGCAAUAUUCGGCGCCUAUUGCGCAACAUUUAGCUCCUAUUGCGCGUCCCUCUAUUUUACUAUUUAUUGCUUUCUAUAUUAUUGUAAUAUAUUGAAGAUUCAGUUAUUUUUGUUUUUAUUUUUUGAUUACAAAAGUAAUAUUCGAUUUGCACGUCAUUGCUUUCGAUAUUUUACAAAUCGUGUAUCGAUUCCCCUACCUGAUUUUAGAACGAUUAAACAAUGGAAAUAUUUGGGGCCAAUAAUUGCCGUUUGCAAAACAUGGAAUCGUGUUAUUGUGUUGGGCCGUAUGAAUGAAUGCUACUACUAUUUUGAAUGUAAUAUUGCCUGUAAUAAACUACGAAAUUUUUUUAUUGACGAUACUGCGAAUUUCAUUGCCCACUCAUUCAUGGAUAGUGAACAAAAUUAGUUUAGCAUUACUGUAUCACAUCAUUUGUUUAUUAUAACACUGUUUUUCUGCUGCUCAUUAUUGCCGAGUAUAACAUUAACUUCAAUAAUUAUACGACGAGUAGGGUACGUGCAUGUAGUACUUUUUUGCUGUAUGUAUGUCGAUAAAUAUCCGACUACCUAGGUAAUGUUAAAUAGGAUUUCCACGGUAGUAUCCGAAAAAUUAAGGAUGUGUAUUACAUUUAUCUUAAGAUUGGUAAAAUGUUAAUCAAUAGCUCAUUUACAUUUUGUUUUUUUGUUGUUUUUGAGGACGUGAUAUUCCUUUUUUAUCUUGCGAACCCCACUGUUUAAUGAUAUAGUUGACAUAUCAUUAUUGGCCUGUUAUUUAUUUAUAAGCUGUUGCUAAUGCUAUAAGGUUACGAAUUGUAUGAUAACUAUAGAAACUAUAGAACAAGUAAUUCCAUUUCAGGAUAACGUCAAAUAUUGGUUAGCAAAAUUGUUUUUUAUUAGGUUCCUCCAGUCCCUCUAUUUAAGAUCUUUUUCUGAAAAAGCAGAGAGGUCUUAUGGUUCUAUUUCGUUACUAUUUGUUCGAUCUUUUCUCGUUUUCCCUUUGUCGUUCGUUCUUUUAUUUUAUUCGUUUGAUUUCUUUUAUUUUUUGUUAUGCAGUUGUUAACAUGAUCUUCAUGGAAGUUGCCUAGUCGAAUAGGGAGGUACCUUGUCAUUGUGAGCUGAUGAACGCAUGCAAGAAUAUAUUAUACUUGCUUAUAUUUGAUAGCCACAAUGACAAAUUGUUGUUAUUCGACUGGGCAUAUAUUUCAGCAUUGGAACUGAAUUAUAAAUUGUGAUAUACAAUGAAAUAUUUCUGGUG